AUGGAACUACUUCCGUUUUGGUCUCAACACCCUGCCACAUGGUUCACGCAGGCCGAGCUCAUCUUCGCGAGCAACAACACCACCUCGGAAGCACCACCAGCAGAAAACAGGUACGAAGGCCUUAAGAAACACGUCCUUGCGAGGUUCUCUGACUCCAAGGACCAACAGCUGCACAAGCUGUUCUUCGGAGUAUCACUAGGCAACAAGAAGCCCUCACAGCUGUACCGUGAGAUGAAAAGCCUCGCUGGCAACAGCCUCACAGAUGACAGCUUGAGGGUCAAGUGGCUGGACCUGCUACCUGCAGAGGUGCAACCUUUCUUGCGCAUCUUAAAAUCCACGUCACUUGACGAGCUACUACAGGCCGCAGAUAAACUUGUCUGCAACUCUUCGUUUUUGCAAACAAAUCACACCUUCGUAGGUGUCUCGCCUGUCUCCUCAGGAUACGCCUCGCCUGUCUCUCCACAUCAACUGCACAAUGAGAUACUGCUCCAGGAAAUCGCCGUGCUCAAGGUGAUGAUUACGCUGCUCUCUACAACUAACAAACAACUGCUCGAACUGCUCAAAAACAACAAGGGCAACGGAGGUGCCAGAGGCUGGGACAGAUCGCGCAGUGGAGAACGGAACCAGUGCCCAGGUGCUCACGCCUGGUGCUACUUCCACAGAAAGUUCGGCGUCAACGCCUACUCCUGCAAGAAGCCCUGCACCUUCGUGGGACCACAAUCUCAAGGUCAACUUCCUACUCGACUCCGGAUCCAUAGUGUCAAUCCUUCCCGGCCGCCAAAUUUCAGCCAGGCCCAACGGGAGGCAUUGACCCUGUAUCCGGCCAACCACUCGCCCAUACACACCUACGGCAGCUGGAAGAUCAACCUCAACCUGGGCCUACGUCGAGACUUCCAAUGGAAGUUUAUCAUCACCGACGUCGCCCCGGCUAUCAUCGGAGCCAACUUCCUGGCAGAACACGGUCUGCUGCCAGACCUCAAACACAAGCGGCUCAUCGACCCGCUUACAGGUUUGGCUGUCAAGGGCACCCUGUGCGACAACAACCUGCACUCGAUUGCGACAAUCGAGCAACUGGGACCAGACGACCCUGACGUUGCCAUCCAACAUCGGAUCAUCACCUGCGGCCAACCAGUCUUCGAGCGCCCCCGACGCCUCAUCGGUGAGCGACUAGCAGCGGCCAAAGCUGCUAUCACCGAGCUCCAAAACCAAGGGGUCGUCAGGCCAUCCAGCAGCCAGUGGGCUAGUCCACUGCACCUCGUGCCCAAGGCCAACAACUCCUGGCGCGUCACCAGCGACUAUCACCGCCUCAACAGCAUAACAGUACCAUACGGGUACCCCCUCCCGAUCGUCGAGAACAAUCUACAAGAGAGCCAAGGUCAGGUUUUUACGGUCAUCGACCUAUACAAAGCUUUUUACCAGGUGCCCAUCGCCAGCGGAGACGUAAAGAAGACGGCCGUCACGAUACCCUUCGGCCUCUUCGAGUUCCUCGGCACAUCACUCGGCCUCAGAAACGCCACGCAAACCAUGCAGCGCACGAUGGACCAGCUGCUGCGCAAGCUUUCCUUCGUUAAGACCUACAUCGACGACAUCCUCGUCGCGUCACAGACGCACGAAGAGCACCUUCAGCACCUCCGCCAGCUAUUCACCGUCUUGAAGCAGGCAGGCUUCAAGGUAAACCUGGCGAAAUGCACAUUCAGCAAGCCUCAGGUCAUCUUCUGGGGCUUCCAGGUUUCGUCAGAAGGUUGCCGGCCACCAAUAGCGAAGGUAGAAACCAUCAAAGUCUUUGCCAAGCCAACCACAGCGUCCGAACUUCGACGGUUCCUGAGGGUAAUAAAUUGCUACCGCAGGUGUGUCCCCCACACCGUGGAACUGCAGGCGCCUCUCAACGAGCUGCUGAAGGGCCUGCCCAAAAAACCUAACGUCAUUGACGCCACUUGCACAACGUAUCUGGCCGCAGAUGCCCUCUUGGCGCUCCGUACGGACGCCUUGAGCACAGCCAUUGGCGCGGCUUUGGAGCAGCUUCAACCAGAUGAGUCGUGGCGCCCGCUGGGAUUCUUCUCACACAAGCAAGACUCCACGCAGGCCAGGUACAGCACGUACGACAGAGAGCUCCCAGCAAUCUACGCCUCUGUUGAGCAUUUCGAGAGGAUACUAGACGGCCGCUCAUUCACCAUCUUCACGGAUCACUGGCCUAUCACCUUCACUGCCUUUCAACCAGCAACCAAGGCUUUGCUUAGACAAGCGCGCUACCUUGAAUGUAUUCUCAGCCGCAAGACGACCCCGAGACCCCCCGAAGCUUUAACACCAGCUGCGAAACCAAUCGAAGUAGCGACCACCGAUGUCACCCCAACGACUUAG